AUGGCCGAAUCCAAGUAUCUCAAGAUCCUUAAUCGUCGACAUGACACACAUGAUGAUAUAGAACACAGUCUGGACGAACUACGUUGGGUUGUCUUGUCAAUUCCUUGUCCACUAGAGCUGCGAGGUUGGGUUUGGAAGAUCCUUCUUCGAUUGCGGAACAGCGUGUCUGCAUCAUGCUACAUCAAACUUGUCCUUCGUGGCGCGAGCGCUAUGGACACCAAGAUCCGUAACGAUACCUUUCGAACCAUGACAACCGAUGCCAAUUUCAUCGAACACGUCUCUGAGGAUAUGCUGAUUCGAGUGUUGAAUGCAUUCGUCUGGAUCAGUCAACAAGCACUUGAGCAACGACCGACGGCUGAACUGACCUAUGUUCAGGGCAUGAAUGUGUUAGCUGCACCAUUCUUGAUGGUACUUCCGGAAAUGGAGGCGUUUUUCGCGUUUUCCACGUUUCUUUGGCAAUGGUGUCCGCUAUACGUACACCCGAAUCUCAAAGGCGUUCAUUGUGGGCUCAAGUUAGUGGAUAUGUGUUUACGGGUACUCGAUCCAGAACUCUAUGGCUAUCUACUGGGGAAAGGGUUGACUGCAAACAUGUACGCUUUUCCAUCCGUACUUACAUUUUCGGCAUGUACGCCGCCGUUGGCUGAAGUACUGCGUCUAUGGGAUGUCAUGCUUGCAUUUGGGUUUCAUCUCAAUAUACUUUAUAUUGUUGCUCAGCUGCAACUUGCUCGGGAUGAUAUCAUUGAUUGUCCAAGUCCCAUGAAGAUCCUGCGCAAGCUCCCGCCACUUAAAUCACAAGCUAUUAUACAAAUUGCAGUCGCAUCAUGCAAGAAGUUACCACCCAAGCUUUACGAGAGUCUUGUCCGGCACCUUUACGAUGAGAAAGUGGCUGAAGACUUGGGAGUGCAGGUUGCAGCAACUACCAACACAAGUCGUCACCAUCACUAUAAGAAAUGA